CUACAUAGGCCACUAUGCAGCCAGCAAUGAUGAUGUUCUCUAGUAAAUACUGGGCAAGAAGAGGCCUUUCUCUGGAUUCAGCUGUGCCCCAGGAACAGCCGCUACAUAGCAACGUAACUCUAAACAGAACUGAUUCUGGUAAAAAUGUUGAUAAAAAGGACAAUAAAGGUGCAGGCAAGAAUGAAUCAACAUCAGAAGGUGGAAAGACUGCUGUGGUGUUUUCUUUGAAAAAUGAAGUUGGUGGCUUGGUAAAGGCUCUCAGACUUUUCCAGGAGAAGCAUGUCAGUAUGGUUCAUAUUGAAUCAAGAAAAUCCAAGAGAAGGAGUUCAGAGGUAGAAAUAUUUGUGGACUGUGACUGCAGCAAGAAAGAAUUCAAUGAGCUCAUUCAGUUGUUAAAGUACGAAACAAACAUUGUAACUCUGAAUCCACCAGAAAAUAUCUGGACAGAUGAGGAAGAGCUUGACUGUGUCCCUUGGUUCCCCAGGAAGAUUUCUGAAUUAGACAAAUGUUCCCAAAGAGUUCUAAUGUAUGGCUCCGAACUGGAUGCAGAUCACCCUGGAUUUAAGGACAAUGUCUAUCGGCAGAGAAGGAAAUAUUUUGUUGAUAUUGCCAUGAAUUAUAAAUACGGCCAGCCGAUUCCUAGAGUGGACUAUACUCCUGAAGAAAUAAAAACGUGGGGAGUUGUGUUCAGGGAACUGACUAAACUGUACCCUACUCAUGCUUGUCGAGAAUAUUUGAAAAACUUUCCUUUGUUGACCAAGCAUUGUGGCUAUAGAGAGGAUAAUGUCCCCCAGCUGGAGGAUGUUUCUAUGUUUCUUAAAGAAAGGUCUGGCUUCACAGUCAGACCAGUUGCUGGAUAUUUGUCACCUCGUGAUUUCUUAGCUGGCCUUGCCUACAGAGUUUUCCACUGUACCCAAUACAUACGCCAUGGCUCUGAUCCUCUCUACACUCCUGAACCGGAUACAUGCCAUGAACUUCUGGGACAUGUGCCUCUGCUCGCUGACCCUAAAUUUGCUCAGUUUUCCCAGGAGAUUGGAUUGGCCUCCCUAGGAGCAUCUGAUGAGGAUGUCCAAAAACUUGCCACUUGCUAUUUUUUCACCAUUGAAUUUGGCCUUUGUAAGCAAGAUGGGCAACUACGGGCUUAUGGAGCAGGUCUUCUGUCUUCCAUUGGAGAGCUCAAGCAUGCUCUGUCUGAUAAAGCCAAUGUAAAAACAUUUGAUCCAAAGACAACCUGCUUGCAAGAAUGCCUUAUCACGACUUUCCAGGAAGCUUACUUUGUCUCGGAAAGUUUUGAAGAAGCCAAAGAAAAAAUGAGGGACUUUGCAAAAUCAAUCAACCGUCCCUUUUCUGUAUAUUUCAACCCAUAUACCCAAAGUGUUGAAAUGCUGAAAGACACUAGAAGUAUUGAAAAUGUUGUCCAGGAUCUUCGGAGUGACCUGAACACAGUGUGUGAUGCUUUAAGCAAAAUGAACAGAUACUUGGGGAUAUGACUUCUCCAGUGUUGUGGCUUUGGAGUGUAGCUAUCCCAGCACCAUUAUGCGAUGCACUUGCUUUUUUAGGACUGUCUGUUCUCUCUGUUGCAUGACCAUCACACUUGCUCAGUGUGUAAUUUCAUCUAACUUUAGCUUCAGAUACACCAAUAGUAAUGUGCAAAUUCACAAGGAAAUAGGGCAUGCAUUCUUUAUUUAUUUGCUUCAAUGUUUAGCUUGCCACAUGGCUUUUAAAAAGCUCCCAAGGCAGCUUACAAGCACAUAAAACCAAUAUGCAUAAAAAAUCAGUACACAUCAAUAAAAACAAAUACAUAAAUAAAAGAGCAUAUUAAAGACAUAAAAAAUCCAUCAUCAUCAUCAUAAAACAAUAGCAGCCAUAAAAAAUACAAGAACUAUAUUUCUUAAAAGAUUUCCUCAUGUUAUGUCAUCUUAUCUUUACUAGUUUCAUGAAAAUUUCAGCAAACAGACCUGAUGACUUUCAUUGGGGGAUGUGCAGCAUAAAUUUGGUGUCACAACCAAAAAGACCCUGCUCUUUGUGUUAGCCAACCUGAAUCUGGACAAUGCUGGUACUUAAAUCAGGGCCUGACCUGAUUAUCCUAGCAGCUGGGGAAGUUCAUGCAGUAUCCCUGUAGGUACUCGGGGAUCAGACCAUUUAGAGAUUUAAAAGUUAAGACUAGUGCUAAAUUCUGUCUGUAAACAAACUGGGAGCUAGGGUGGUUCUUUAUGCACAGUCACAAUGUGCUCCUGUGUGGCCUACCAAGCAACGCAGGAGCAGUGGGGCAGAAGACAGUGGCAAAUCCGCUGCAGCAUCCCAUGAUCUGCCAUAUUCUGAACCACGUGUUUCUGGAUGGUCUUUAAAGUAGUACCAGAUACAGUAUGUUACAAUAGAUCCAUUCUUGAGGUUACCAAGGAAUAAAUGGUCGCGUUACUUUCUCUAAAACUGACUGCACAGUUGAAGUUGCUGAAUGGCACCUGUUGUAAUAGAUGCUACCUAGGCUGUAGGAGCACAGCCUGGUUCAGGAGGACUUCUAAGCUUAUUUUUCAAAGAGAGUGCAACCUCAUAUAGAACAAAUAAACAUGCAACUCCGUAAUAUAGCCAGCAGUUCACAACAGAUGAGUUGGUUUACACAUGCUCAUUCAUCACUCUGCUAAUGCAAAUUCAAGUGUUGACUUGCAUGUGCCAGCCAAACACCACAUCAUCAGUUCAACCACAAUGCUUUGCAGUGCAGUCUACACAUUCAGCCGUGGGUCAUCAAAUGUUCAGUAAUAAAGUGAUGUAUACAGAUAUGCAAGACCACUCUGACAUCAUGCAUAAAUGUGGUAUUGGAAAAACCUGA